AUGAAAGUGUACAUCGAGGGAAAACUAACUACUGCCCAACAAAUCCCUGAGUCCGAUGUUGUACUGGGAAAUAAUUGCGUCGCUUUCAUGUUCGAUGAGAUCCGAUAUGAACUUGACGGCGUGGAGAUUGAUCGUACCAGAAACGUUGGAAUAACCAGCACGCUACAAAACUACGUCUCGGCAUCAGUCGAUAAAAUGGCGACUCUGAAGAAUGCUGGCUGGGAUGUGGCGUUCAAUGGGAAGGGAGAUUUCAAUUUUUGCGUACCGCUCAACAUGCUAUUGGGAUUCUGUGAAGAUUACAAACGCGUGAUACAGUGGCGAAUGCCGCACGUGUUGUUAAACGAGGUAAACAAGCUAUCGAUUCUGCGUACUUUGGAAAGUGGACGAUACCUCAAUAUGGGUUUUCGUUCAUGGGAUCUCCAUGAGUUUCCGCUAUUGCAGCAGACGACUAAACAUUCGUGGGCUAUUAAAACAGCUACUCAGCUCGAGAAGCCGCGAUAUGUUAUCUUCGUUCUGCAAACAGGUCGGAAGAAUAUAAUGUCUGAGAAUGCGUGUAAAUUCAGUCAUUGUAAAUUGAGCAACAGCUAUUUCGGAAACGAUGAUCUUGCGCCAGGUCUCACUGUCUACAAAUUUCUAGAAUAUGGUCCGUUUGUGAUCAUCGAUUGUUCUCGACAAAACGAAUCGGUCAAGAGCGCGACCGUAGAGGUGAGAUUGGAAUUUGAGUGUAAGGAGAACGUGCCGACGAACACCACUGCAUACUGUCUCAUCAUACACGAUCGCGUGGUUCAGUAUAACCCGUUGCCCAAUGUCGUGCGCAAAAUCACCUAG